UGUACAUUCGAAACGAUUUUUUUGGCAGCUGCGAAAAAUCAGCUGGUGACGAACCCGCCCCUAACAACUCGACUGGAAAAUCAGUUGAGCAUCAGCAAAAGUGCAGCUAUGCAAUUCUUUAUUGCGCUGACGUUGAUUUUAGUCUUCAGUUUGGACACCACAAACGGAAGCUGUGAGGGAGCUUUGGAUUUGGAAAAUGGACGGUUCUUCACUCGAUCGAACAACUUGGUGAUUUUCCAAUGCAAUCGCGGAUUUGUCCUGCAAGGAAACUCAAUACACACCUGCGAUCGGGAUGGUCGCCUGCGCGAGAAGAAACCAUUUUGUGCCAGGCGAGGAUGCGAGAAGCCUGAGGAUCCUACGAACGGAUAUGUUUUGGACAAUCCCUUGAAGGCGGAAAUCGUGUGUUUGGACGGUUUCGUGUUGUAUGGAAGUCGCACUGCCUUCUGCGAUGGGGAAAAGUGGAGCACGCAGUUGGGAGCUUGCCGGAGGAGCAACCACACGAUGGACCACUCCUGCGACUUCGAGAGCGAGGACCAGUGCGGCUGGUCAGCGGAGGAGACCAUCUGGCUGCCCUGGAAGAGGAUCAGUGCGGUGACCGACUUUCACCACCCCAGCACAGGACCCCGAUACGAUCACACCUUCGGAAACAGCUCAGGUGGCCACUACAUGCGCAUGGAGACCCAGAUCGAGGCCUAUGGCAGCUACCACUUCGUAUCGCCGAUCUAUCCGAGAUCCCUCUGCCUGAAUGCCGCCUGCUGCUUCCGGUUCCACUACUUCAUGUUCGGAGCUGGAGUGGACAGCCUGGUGGUGUCCGUGAAACCAGCCUCGCUGCAAAUCGACGACAUGUGGAACAGCUUUAGGUCCAAUUCCAGCAAAUUUGAGAUAACUGGCUCGCAGGGAACGCACUGGCUGGAGCACACAAUCACCAUCGACAAGAUGCGGGAGGACUUCCAGGUGGUGUUCACCGCCACGGAUGCGAGAUCGCAAUUCGGGGACAUUGCCAUCGACGACGUAAAACUGAUGACGGGCAGCGAAUGUGGAGUGGGUGGGUAUACUUCCACCACCAGCACCAGCACCACAGAACCCGCAUCUUCAGCGAUGUCCAGCAGCGAGGAGCCACUGGUCUUCGACAUGAUGAGCUGUUCGUUUCGCUGUGGAUCCGUUAGUCCGGGGAGUCCACUUUUCUCCGUUGACGGUAUUAUCCUGAGUUGCGGGUGUGACGACUCCUGUAUUCUCAACAAUAAUUGCUGUCCCAACUACUUCGAGAAGUGUGUGAAGGGGUUAGACAUAGGGUCAAAUGUUAUUCUGAACUCAGCGACCACAUCAACUACCCCGAGAUCGAGAAAUACAACGACGAGCAAAGUGUCAACCAUUUCUAUAACAACAACGAGAGGUUCCACCACCCCAAGGACGAUCACAAAUUCAACAACAUUACCAAGAACUCAAAUAAGUACUAAAAAGUUACUGACCACCCAUGAAACUUCAACAGAAAAAACAACACCCACAAGAAACCCAACGUUUUCUGAACCUUCAACAGUUAGUAGCCAACACAUAACAGAAACCACUACGAGUGAUCGGUCCAGAACGGAUUACCAGCAGGACCACGCAGGUCAGAUGGACAUGAACAUAAAUGAGCCGCAUCCAGCUUUAAUAGUGAUGUACCUGCUCAUCGGCGUCAUCCUGGUGAUAGUUGUGGCCAAUCUCAAGCAGCUGUGUAAGAUUCUUUCCAAGAGCUCAAGCCGUGAUAACGAGAAGGUAGUCAGUUUCAAAAGGGCGUUCGAGGGUCUGAGAAAGCCGAGGGGAAUGUCCCAAAACUACACCGGCAUGGAUCAGCAUUUGUGCAGUGCCCUCGACGAGGAUUUGGAUUACUUCGAGGACAUGGACAUGAACAUACGCAUGGUGACUGAUUUAUGAGGGGCUUAUGAGGUUCCCAUUCCUUACCCACGACGAAAUUUGAAAUCAUAUCAAAUCAAUAGCAUAGUAUUGUGACAAUAGUAUUUUUAAGUAAUUGAUUGUAAUCUGUGACAAAGUAGCUAAUA